AUGGAACCACCACAAGACAUCCUCGAUGAACCCUCCGGUGUCGCAGCCUUCCACAUCUAUGCCCAGAGCUGGCAAACACCAGACACCACCGGAUCCGCAUUUCUAGAACUCUGCAAAAUUAUCUUGGACAAUAAAGAUAAAGAAGAAGCCGUCUACAGCACCUUCCGUGCCCUGCACAAAUUUGCCUGCAAAGGCCCACCCGCGCUAGAUCAUGCCCUCGAAAAACAUGGCACAGAGUUGCACAGCUCCCGGAGGCAACUGAGUUACCGGUAA